AUGGCGGCGGCGGCGGCGGCGGCGGGGCUAGCGCUGGCGGUUGGGGCCGGCGGAGCGGGGGCCCCGCGGGAGGGGGCUAAGAAUUGCGGGAUCGUGGGGGUGGUGUCGUCGUCGACCGAGAAGGGGCCUGAUGGCGGCGUUGUCGACUUUCUUCACGAGGGCCUGUCCAUCCUGAGGAAUCGCGGCUACGACUCGGCCGGCGUGGCUACGGUAGACAACGACCGGGAGCUGGUGGUGUCCAAGUUCGCUUCCAAGGGCGACUCCGCGGAUAGCAUGGAGCUCUUGCAGACCAACUCGGCCAACCACGCCAGCCACUCGGUCGGCAUCGCCCACACCCGCUGGGCGACCCAUGGUGGCAAGACGGACAAGAACGCCCACCCGCACAUGGACUACGACAACCGCAUCGCGCUGGUCCACAACGGGACGAUCAACAACGCCACGGAGCUGAGGAGAGAGCUGCAGGGCAAGGGCAUAUCCUUCCGCUCGGAGACAGACUCGGAGGUGAUAGCGCACCUCAUCGGGCUUGAGAUGUCCGCCAACCCUAACAUGACCCUCAAGGAAGCCACCGGAAGAGCGCUUGCCAGGUGCGAUGGCACCUGGGGGCUGGCAAUCCUCAACAAGGCGGACCCGGACAACAUCGUCGUGGCGUGCAACGGGUCACCGAUGGUGAUUGGCCUGGCCCAGGGGGAGAUUUUCGUGGCUUCGGAGACAGCGGCCUUCAGCAGGCACACCAAGAAUUUCAUCGCCAUGAAGGACGGGGAGAUUGGCGUCAUCGGCACAGGCGGCUGCUCUCUCGACGUAUCUCGGAUGGAGAAGUCGUCGCACACGGAGGACAUCCUGCUCUCACCCGCGCCGUACGCGCACUGGACCAUCAUGGAGUGUCUCCAGCAGCCGGAGGCGAUUGCCCGAGCCCUGGCCUUCGGAGGGCGCAUGAGCGAGGACCGGGUGGUUCUGGGCGGUUUCGACCGUUCCGCUUCAAGGCUGUCGCUGGUGAAGAACCUGGUUCUCGCCGCGUGCGGGACGUCUCUGUACGCUUCGAUGUACGGCGCGAAGCUGAUGAGAGACCUGGAGGCGCUCGACACCGCCACGGCCAUGGACGCGGGGGAACUCCGCCUGACCGACAUCCCGAGGCGGCACGGCGGGUUUCUUGCCGUUUCGCAGAGCGGCGAGACCCGCGACCUCCUCAAGGCGCUCAAGCACGCCGAGCUGGCCGGGGUGGCCCGCAUGUCGGUCGUGAACGCCGUGGGGUCUGCCAUCGCCAGGGAGACGAAACUCGGCGUGUACCUGAACGCUGGGCGGGAGACGGCGGUGGCUUCCACCAAAGCUUUCACCACUCAGGUGACGGUGCUAGCGCUUGUGGCGCUGUGGUUCAGACAAGUGCGGGAGGCGGAGCUGGCGAGCGGGGAGGCGACGGAGUCGGUCGGUCUUCCCGACAAGAGCAAGCUGUUCGAGGCCCUGCAGCGACUGCCCAUCAGCUUCGGCAUGGCCAUGAGGGUUCGCCAGCAGUGUAAGCUGGUGGCGGAAAAGCUGGCGGACAAGAAGCACAUCUUCGUGCUGGGAAAGGGCUACGGAGAACCCGUGGCAUAUGAGGGGGCUCUAAAGCUGAAGGAGAUGGCCUACAUUCACGCCGAGGGUUACAGCGGCGGAGCUCUCAAGCACGGGCCGUUCGCCCUGAUCGAGGGAGCGGAGGGAGACAACGGGGCGACGCCCAUCAUCCUCCUCAUCCUGGACGACGACCACGCCCACCAGAUGCGAACGUGCGGCGAAGAAGUCAAGGCUAGGGGCGCGCAGCUGACCGUCAUCACGGACAACCCAAGGCUCGCGGAUGGUCUGGACCCCAACCCGAUUGUCAUACCGAAUAAUGGCGCGUUGACGGCUCUGAUCGCGGUGUUGCCACUGCAGUUCAUCGCGUACGAGCUGUCGCUGGCCAAGGGCAUCAACCCGGACACCCCGCGCAACCUCGCCAAGGCCGUGACGACUGACUAA